AUGGUGAAACGUGUUGUCGUUCUUGGUUGUGGCGCCUGGGGUACUGCCACCGUUAAACUUGUUGCUGACAACGUUAAGUCUUCAAAAGAAUUUCAUGAAGAAGUUUAUUGGUACGUAAGAGAUGAAGAUUGCAACGGUCGUAGCCUAACCACUUGGAUUAAUCAAGAACAUAUAAAUCCCAAGUACUUGCCAACACUUGAUAUUCCUUCGAAUGUUUCCGCCUCCUCUAAUAUUCAGAAAGUGGUCGAAGAAGCUGACAUUAUAUUAGUGUCUUAUCCAUCAUGCCACAUUCUAUGGUUGGUAGAAAAUGUGAAGAAAUUUAUCAAAGACGGUGCAUAUUUUGUCUCUUUUUGUAAGGGUCUCAUUCUGUGUCCCGAGGAAAACAGAAUUAAACUGGUAAGCGAUGUUAUUCGAGAGCAAACUGGUAAAAGCUGCGUGGUCGUUAUCGGGGCUACAACAGCUGUCGAAGUGGCCAAACAACAUUUCACCGAGGCAACUAUCGGCUCCAAGAAUCUCACAUAUGCACAUGAAGUAAAAAGGCUUCUACAGUCCGAUUACCUCAAGCUUGUUAUAACUCAAGAUGAUGUUGGCGUGGAAUUGUGUGGAGCGUUGAAGAACGUCGUGGCGAUAGCUGCGGGAAUAUGUCACGGUUUAGAUUUAGGAGACAAUACUAAGGCUGCCGUAUUGCGUAUUGGAUUUUGGGAAGUAUCUGAACUAAUGAAAGAGUUGUUCCCUGACAGAGGUAUAAAUUAUUUAACAAUUGAACAAAGUUGUGGAAUAGCUGAAUUAUUUAUGUGUAAGUUGUUCAAUGUGUUAAAAAAGAGAAAAAUUGGUGAUUUUAUUUCCGAACUAACAAUAAUAGGAAAGUCAACUUUUCUGCUAUAAGGAUGAGUUGGCUUAUAAAUCAGUCAUUGUAACUAAAUGAGUGAAAAGUGUUACAAUUACUUUAUAUUGAAUGAAUUACAACUAAUUCUUUGAUAACUGCAAACUGAAUGGUUUUCAUUUGAUCAGGACAUGAUCGAUCAGUAGGAUUUAAACUGCAUUAGUUUUAUCGAAUUCCAUUAUGUGUAUAUGUUAACAGCACUUGAAUCAGUUAAACGAACUUCAACAUCCAGUCUAACCUAAUCUGCCUGAAUGUGCAGAUUUGUCAUUCGUUUUUAUGCGUUAACCUGAUUACUGCGUGCUUAACUUCUCGAUAGAUUUU